AUGGUCAAAAUCACAUACACUCUGCUAUCUCGGAACGCACUCAUCGAGAGACGUUGGGAGUCUUUGCACCUCAAGGAGCUUGUUGCACGUGUUGUUGCACGUGACCCGGCGAGGCAGACGCGUCGCCUCCGGACUCGAGCUUGGCAGUCGCGGUCCCUCUCAAGUCAAAGCUCGGCUUUCAACAACAUUGAAGACAGAAUGACCGAGGUCGCGUCGACCCCGAAGGCCAACAAGGAAAAUGUCGCGCCUAGGAGUCGCUUUCCCACGCCCCAGACCAUCGACAGACUUCACAAGCCAUUCAAAUGCCCCGGGUCUGCAACAAGAGCCGUUGCAACAGAUCGACCCGCCAGGAAGAAGAGGAGGAUAGACUACAAGGGGGCGGAUGGAGAUGUCGAUGCCGACAAGCCGUACACCAACGAGGACCGUCUCGCCCUUGCAAACCGAGAUGCCAAUCGCUUCCCCGUGUUCCAGGUCAAAGACAAGGACAAGGUCUUUCGCAAGGCCUUCUCUAUCCCCCUCAUCAACAAGAAUAGUGCUGCCUACAAUCCCAACCGGCCGCCACCCACGCUGGGCCUGAGGACCGGCGCCGUGUUCGUUGCCAAGCCCCUGCACGACCCGAGUGGUGAAUUCUCAAUUGUUCUCUACGACCCUACCAUCGAUGACAAGCCCAAGGAAAUUGAGAAGCCCAAGGAGGAUGAAAAGGCACCUGCAACCGAGGUCAUCGACGCACCACUCGUACACAAGAGUCUGGCCGAAAUUCUUGGUAUCAAGAAGAAAGUCGACACAGACCACCCAAGGGUACCAGUGGUCAUCGAUCCAAAGCUCGCCAAAGUCCUGCGUCCCCAUCAGAUUGAAGGUGUCAAAUUCAUGUACCGCUGCACCACCGGCAUGAUCGACGAGAAGGCCAACGGCUGCAUCAUGGCUGAUGAAAUGGGCCUCGGCAAGACACUGCAGUGCAUCACCCUGCUGUGGACGCUGCUCAAGCAGUCCCCUGACGCAGGCAAGACCACCAUACAGAAGGCCAUUGUGGUGUGCCCCUCGAGUCUGGUGAAGAACUGGGCGAACGAGUUGGUCAAGUGGCUUGGUCCCGGCGCCAUCACACCCUUUGCCAUCGACGGGAAGGCCACCAAGGAGCAGCUUAACCAGCAGCUCAAACAGUGGGCCAUCUCGAGCGGGCGCGCUGUGACGCGACCGGUCAUCAUUGUUUCUUACGAGACCCUGCGUCUCAAUGUCGAGGAGCUCAAGCACUGCAAGAUUGGACUGUUGCUUGCCGAUGAGGGCCACCGUCUGAAGAACGGCGAAAGCCAGACUUUCACGGCCCUGAACAGUCUCAACGUACAACGCCGCAUCAUUCUUUCCGGAACCCCGAUCCAGAAUGACCUGUCGGAAUAUUUCGCGCUGAUCAGUUUCGCCAACCCUGGUCUCCUGGGCACGAGACUGGAAUUCCGGAAGCGCUUUGAGAUCCCCAUCCUACGAGGUCGCGAUGCUGAUGCAUCGGACAAGGAUCGCCAGAGAGGUGAUGAGUGUCUGUCGGAGCUGCUCGGGAUCGUCAACAAGUUCAUCAUCCGCAGAUCCAACGACCUCCUUUCCAAGUACCUUCCUCUGAAGUACGAGCAUGUUGUCUUCUGCAGCAAUGCCCCCUUCCAGACCGACCUCUACAACUACUUCAUCAAAAGCCCGGACAUUCAGGCACUGCUCCGCGGCAAGGGCAGCCAGCCCCUCAAGGCCAUCAACAUUCUCAAGAAAUUAUGCAAUCACCCAGACCUGCUUGACCUGUCCAAUGAUCUCCCCGGCAGCGAGGAGCACUUCCCAGAUGACUACAUUCCCAAGGAGGCACGCGGCCGUGACCGUGACGUCAAACCGUUGUACAGCGGCAAGAUGGCAGUCCUGGACCGCAUGUUGAAGAGAAUCCGUGCUGACACAGACGACAAAAUCGUGCUUAUCUCCAACUAUACAUCCACCCUGGACCUCUUUGAGCGUCUUUGCCGGAAUGAAUCAUAUCCUUGCCUACGUCUGGAUGGCUCGAUGAACGUCAACAAGCGGCAGAAGCUCGUGGACAACAAGGCCGGUGGCUGCGGUAUCAACCUGAUUGGCGCCAAUCGCCUGAUCCUGUUCGACCCGGACUGGAACCCCGCCGCGGACCAGCAGGCGCUCGCGCGUGUGUGGCGUGACGGGCAGAAGAAGGACUGCUUCGUGUACCGAUUCAUCGCGACGGGGACGAUAGAGGAGAAGGUAUUCCAACGGCAGUCGCACAAGCAGUCGCUCUCGUCAUGCGUGGUGGACGAGGCGGAGGACGUGGAGCGGCACUUCAGCCUGGACAGUCUGCGGGAGCUGUUCCAGUACCGGCCCGACACGCGCAGCGACACGCACGACACGUUCAAGUGCAAGAGGUGCAAGCCGGACGGGAAGCAGUUCAUCAAGGCGCCGGCGAUGCUUUACGGCGACACGAGCACGUGGAACCACUUCGCCAACGAGGGGCUCCAGCAAAUCCAGGACCUGCUGCUCCGGCAGGAGUGUGGGGAGGACAACGUCUCGGCUGUGUUCCAGUACAUAUCGCACUGA